ACUGCUGUCCGUUGCCACCUGGGAAGCUUGCGCACGUCGACGGGGUCUCCGGUGCCUGGAUCAGAGACGGGGAGCGCGGAAAGAGGCAGUUGGAAGUGUGAUCCGGUCACUGGGAACAACGCUACCCCGGGGAACAGGGUGGAAACAUAGGCGAGGGUUGGGGAAAAGCUAGGAGGCUCUGGGACUGCUGCGCACCGCAUUCCGGCACAGUCCGGCCGGGGAGGGCAGGCAGCGAGUGCGCAUGCUCAGGGAAGCGGGAGCGGCCUGCUGAGCGCCCAGGUGAGGGUGGUAGCCUCAACGGGGAAGGCUUGGGCGGGGACAGGGGUGGCCACUGCGGACUCCUGGAUUCUGGAUGCCCUGUGGGACCGGGAGUGCACGGCAGGAGCCUGGACACCCCUGCAGGCGGCCCGGCAGUCACUGACCAUUACCACGGCGACAGGCUCUGGGAAACCCGCCGCCGGUUGCCAUGGCGGCACUGGGACCUGCGGCGCUCCCUAAAGCGGAAGUUGCCCGCCAAAAUUUCUGGGUCAGGCACUAGCCUCAGAGCCCAAGCCAUCCUUCCAAUGAGGCCUGCAGCACUGGGUUCCCCAAAGCACACAGAAGGCAAGAGACCAGUCAUGGUGAAGCUGGAAGACUCUGAAGAGGUAGAGGAGGCCACCCCAUGGGAUCCCGGCCCAGAGGCUGCAUGCCGGUGUUUCCGGCACUUCUGCUAUGAGGAGGCAGCGGGGGCCCGAGAGGCUCUGACCCUGCUCCGGAAGCUGUGCUACCAGUGGCUGCAGCCCGAGGUGCACUCCAAGGAGCAGAUGCUGGAGCUACUGGUGCUAGAGCAGUUCCUGGGUGCGCUGCCCCCUGAGAUCCAGGCUCCAGUGCGGAGGCAGCGGCCAGGCAGCCCUGAAGAGGCUGUGGCCCUGGUUGAGGGGCUGCUUCAGGACCCAGGAGAACCCCGGAGAUGGGUCACAGUCCAGGUGCAGGGCCAGGAGGUGCUAUCAGAGAAGAUAGAGCCCUCUGACUUCCAGCCCCUCCUUCAAACCAAGUGUUGGACUACAGAACCUGAGCCUGAGACAACCUCUGGGGCCACGCAGAGGUCAGCACUGAGCCUUCAGGUGAAAGAGGAGCCUGCAGUUUCAGAGGACCCAGACUUUCUGGAUUCUGGACCUCUAGUCAGCCCCCAGGAGACCACUUCUACUCUCCUGCCUGAGGAGGCCCAGGGCUGUAGGGUGUUGCUGGACCAGGCCUCUCCCCACAGCAAGACCGGGCCUGAGGGGCCCUCUUGGAGGGAACACCCUGGGGCCCUGUGGCAAGAGGAAGGUGGGGACAUCUUCUCCCCAGGGCUGGAAUGUGUUGGGCACACAACGGUUUCUGUCACAAAGGAGUGGAUCCCCUUGUGCAAUGCAGGUUUUGUGCCCCAGAUGGACAGCGUCUCUAUGGGCCCGGGCACUGUGAGCCCCCACUUCCACAUCCCCUGGGACCUCGGUGUAGCUGGCCUCGCGGGCCAACUCCAGUCACCCUCUCGAGAAGGUGGCUUCUCACAUACGCUAGUGCUACCUAGCGACCCGGGAGGUGAGCAGGACCGCACAGAGGAGGAUCCCUGCCAGGGCACAGGCCACAUAAUGGACACUUCCCACUGGCCAGCCCCCCGGGGUCAGAGCCGGGGCCGAGGCCGUUCCAGCACAGGUGCCGGGGCAGUGCGAGGUGGCCAUUGUGACGUGUGUGGAAAAGUGUUCAGCCAGCGCAGCAACCUGCUGCGGCACCAGAAGAUACACACAGGGGAGCGGCCAUUUGUGUGUGGCGAGUGCGGUCGCAGCUUCAGCCGCAGCUCGCACCUUCUGCGCCACCAGCUCACGCACACGGAGGAGCGGCCAUUUGUCUGCGGCGACUGUGGCCAGGGCUUCGUGCGUAGUGCACGCUUGGAGGAACACAGGCGUGUGCACACGGGUGAACAGCCCUUCCACUGCGACGACUGCGGUCAGAGCUUCCGGCAACGCUCCAACCUGCUGCAGCACCGGCGCGUUCACGGCGACCCUCUGGGUCCGGGCUCUGGACCCCCCACACCUCCCAAUGCGCCGGAGCCGCCAGGCCCCUUCCCGUGCAGUGAGUGCUGUGAGAGCUUCGCGCGGCGCUCCGUGCUGCUGGAGCACCAGAUUGUGCACACGGGCGACAAAUCCUUCAGCUGUGUGGAAUGCGGCGAGCGCUUUGGCCGCCACUCGGUGUUGCUGCAGCACCGGCGAGUGCACAGCGGGGAGCGGCCCUUUGCCUGCGUGGAGUGUGGCCAGAGUUUCCGGCAGCGCUCCAACCUCACGCAGCACCGGCGCAUCCACACUGGCGAGCGUCCCUUUGCGUGCACCGAGUGCGGCAAGGCCUUCCGCCAGCGACCCACGCUCACGCAGCACCUGCGUGUACACACGGGUGAGAAGCCCUUUGCCUGCCCUGAGUGCGGCCAACGCUUCAGCCAACGUCUCAAGCUCACGCGCCACCAGCGGACGCACACAGGCGAGAAGCCCUACCACUGCGAAGAGUGCGGCCUGGGCUUCACGCAGGUGUCGCGGCUUACGGAGCACCAGCGCAUCCACACUGGCGAGCGGCCCUUUGCCUGCCCCGAAUGUGGCCAGAGUUUCCGGCAGCACGCCAACCUCACACAGCACCAGCGCAUCCACACAGGCGAGCGGCCCUACGCCUGCCCUGAGUGUGGCAAGGCCUUCCGCCAGCGGCCCACACUCACUCAGCACCUGCGUACCCACCGGCGCGAAAAGCCCUUCGCUUGCCAAGACUGUGGCCGAUGCUUCCACCAGAGCACCAAGCUCAUUCAGCAUCAGCGCAUCCACAGUGUAGAGUAGCCAGUGCUCACUGACCACCACCACCACCAUGUCCACCUCGAUCUUCUGUGCCUGGGAAAGAGGGGGACAUAUUACCUACCUCACAGGGUUGUUGUGAGGCCUGCCAUCGCAUAGGUACAAGUAGGCAGGCCCAGGGCCUGACACCCACCCUCCAGUAGGUGCUCAAUAAACAGUAGAAGCAACCUGGGUCUGGGUCUCAACACAUGCAGUGCCAUACCACCUGCUGGGGUCCCUCUCUAACAACCCCACACACUCACAUUUCCACUGUAACCUUGUGGUUCCUGAGAGCCAUGAUCUCCUGAAGAGGUGGCUCCUAGCAGCACCUGCACACGGUCUGUCGCGUGCCCCCUCUUAUGCCUCCUAUAGUUUACCCAAGAUGUCUUCCACGAACACACCCGAGGGCCAAGCCUGCCUACUUCUCCAUGGCCAGCAAAGAUCAGUGGGAGUAAUAAAAGCAACAAACUGGUACGCAAAU